AUGGCACAACAACAAACCCUUGGGAGAUUCUUUUCGAAUUCUUCAAAUGCGUUGGGUAAAGCAAAACCCAAAACGUCUCCUGUCAAGAAAGCAACCAAAAUAACAAGCAAAGUAGAAUCACCACCCUCAUCUCCUCGCAAGAAGAGAUCGACAACUCCACCUACAUCACCACCUACCAAAAAGGUCAAACCAACUCCCGAAGCUUCAGUUAAGGUUGGUGAGUCUGAAAUGCACGAAGAUUCAGAUCCAGAAGAACCUGUAAUCGAAGUCCCAAAGAAAUUAUCCACACUUGAUGAAGCUAAAGAAUUGAUCAAAUUAAGUGAAAAGCAUCAACAUGAACCUCACGUACAAUUGUCAACUGCUAAAAUCCCAUAUACUGUUUUAACUUCUAUUUUAGAAAAAGUUGAACAAGAAUCAUCAAGAUUGAAAAUCACUCUGAUCAUUUCACAAUUCUUUUUGGAAAUAUUACAAGAGUCUACAGUUGAUAAAUUGAUUAGAAUCGUUUAUUUAUUUAUUAAUAGAUUAGGACCUGAUUAUGAACCGGAAUUGGAAUUAGGAUUAGGUGAAACCCUUUUAAUUAAAGCUAUUAGUGAAUGUUAUGGACGAGCACCAGCAACGAUUAGACAAGAUUAUAAAGAAGUUGGUGAUUUAGGAUUAGUUGCUCAAAAAUCUAGAUCUGGUCAACCAACAAUGUUUAAACCAACACCAUUGGAUAUUGAUCUCGUGUUUGAGAAUUUAACAAAAAUUGCAAAAUCAUCCGGGAAAGAUUCUCAACUGAAGAAAAUUGCCAUUAUUAAUAGAAUGUUAACUGCUUGUGAACCGAAAUCAAAUGAAGCCAAGUUUUUGAUUCGAUCACUUGAAGGAAAAUUAAGAAUUGGUCUUGCUGAGAAAACUGUCCUUAUUGGAUUAGCCCAAGCAUUUGUUGAAUAUGAACUUAUCAAAAGUGGUAAAAGUGGGUUAAGAAUUAACCCGGAAAGAUUAGCACAAGCAGAAGAUAUUAUUAGAGAAGCAUUUUCUCAGAUACCAAAUUACGAAAUCUUGAUUAGGAAUGCUUAUGACUAUGGUGUAUUCAAUUUACUUGAUCAUAUUCAAUUGACUCCUGGUAUACCUUUAAAGCCAAUGUUAGCUAAACCUACCAAAUCUAUCAGUGAAGUCUUGGAUAGAUUUCAAGGCGAAGAGUUCACGUGUGAAUAUAAAUAUGAUGGUGAGAGAGCUCAGGUACAUGUAUUACCUGAUGGGAGUGUCAAGAUUUAUUCUCGUAAUUCAGAAGAUAUGUCCCAAAGAUAUCCUGAUUUGAUUUCGAUCAUUACUGAUUUUACUACGCAAGAGAAAUCUGUAUCUUCUAUGAUUCUUGAUUGCGAAGCAGUUGCUUGGGAUAGAAUUAAUAAAAAGAUCCUUCCCUUCCAAGUCUUAUCUACUAGAAAAAGAAAAGAUGUCAACGAAGCCGAUAUUACAGUACAUAUUUGUCUUUUCGCAUUUGAUUUAUUAUACUUCAACAACGAAUCAUUAAUCAGGAAAUCGCUUCAAGAAAGAAGAAAAGUAAUGCAUGAUAAUUUCACAGUUAUAGAUGGAAAAUUCCAAUUUGCAACCAAAAAAGAUUCUUCCAACUUGGAUGAAUUACAACUAUUCUUAGACCAAUCAGUUAAAGAUUCAUGUGAAGGAUUAAUGGUGAAGAUGUUAAAUGGCCCGGAAUCAUAUUAUGAACCUUCCAAGAGAUCUCGUAAUUGGCUUAAAUUGAAGAAAGAUUAUUUGGCCGGGGUUGGUGAUUCGCUUGAUUUAGUGGUUAUAGGAGCAUAUAAUGGGAAGGGGAAAAGAACUGGGACAUAUGGUGGGUUCCUUCUUGCUUCAUAUAAUCAGGAUACUGGGGAGUUUGAGACUACUUGUAAGAUAGGUACUGGGUUUAGUGAUGAAGAUUUAACUAAUUUGUAUAAUAAAUUACACCCAACAGAGAUUCCCAGACCAAAACCAUAUUUUAUAUAUGAUACCAAUAAUUCCAACGCCGUGCCAGAUGUUUGGUUUGAACCUACUAUAUUAUUUGAGGUUUUAACGGCUGAUUUAUCCUUAAGUCCAAUCUAUAAAGCAGCCCAUCAGGAAUACGGAAAGGGUAUUUCUCUUAGAUUCCCUCGUUUCUUAAGAAUUAGAGAUGACAAGGGUAUAGAAGAUGCUACCAGUUCUACAGAAGUUGCCGAAUUUUAUGAACGACAAGCAAAUGUAAAUUAA